GUUUUGUGAAUGACGCAAUUACCACCGCCACCGCUCUGUUCGUCAUCAUCAUAUUAAAAAGAAAAGGAAUAUUUUUUUUUUAAAGAAGAAAUCGAAUAAAAAAAUGCUUGUUUUGUCAUCGAUUGAGUUACCGAAUGUUGAUGAUGAUCAUGUUGAACACGUGAAACAUCUUGAGCCACAAACAUUGGCUUUUAUAACAACAACAACAACAACAACCAUUCAAAAUCAAAAUCAAAAUAAUCAUCAAUUACUUGGUGAAGGAACAUUAUUCAUUGGUGAAGAUAGGUUCACCUGGCGUACUGAAAACGGACAAGGUUUUAGUUUAGAAUAUCCACAAAUUUCAUUACAUGCUACAUCAAGAGAUUUAAAUAAUUUUCAUUCUGAAUGUCUUUAUUUGAUGUUUGAAAAUAAUAAUAAUAUUAUUUCAGCACAACAACCAUUAUCAUCAUCAUCAAAUGAUGAUCAAGAUGAGAAUAAUGAUGAGGAUGAGGAUGAUGAUGAUGAAGGCAACAACAAUAAAAAUAUUAUCGAAUUACGUUUGGUUCCAAAAGAUUUAUCCAAAUUGGAUUUAAUGUAUCAGGCUUUAUCUGAAUGUCAAUUAAUGCAUCCAGAUCCUGAUGAUGAUUUAAAUCCAUUUGAUGAUAAUGAUGAUGAUGAAAAUGGUGAAUUUUUUGGCAAUUUUGGUGACGAUAAUGAUGGCGAUGAUAAUGACGAUGGUCAAGGUCAACAACAAGAACAAGAACAGGAUGAUGAACGAAUGGAUUAUACGAAUGGUCAAUUUGAUGAUGCUCAUUAAGUUGAAGAAAUAUCCAGGCAUUUUUUUCAU